AUGGCCGGUAUUAAUAUUAAAGAAAAACCUUCGGCCUUACGCUUCGGCGAUAUGGGUACAUUACCCAAACGAAUGCUGGCACCCAUCGAAGGAUAUGAAAAAGCACCACUCGUAACACUCGAAGAGGCUGUAAAACUUCUUGUGGACAUUGUUCCGAAAGUUGAACGUAAUGUAUUCGUCGUGAAACAAAAUUGUGAAGAACCAGAAGAUGGAUUAACCUCUGACGAAUCCGCUUCAAUUAUGCUUUACACAUAUGAAUCAAAACCACAAAAAGAUUCGUUGUAUGUUAAGCUCAAUGAAGCAUUGCGUUCCGAACAAAGAGAUAAUUUAACUCCAUGGUUUCUUUAUCUUCGACUUAUUAUGACAGCACUUGCUCGUCUUCCAUCUCAAUAUUGUAAUGUUGUUCGAGGGAUCAAUGGAAAUCUAUGGUCCGAAUAUCCAAAAGGAAAAACUUUUAUUUGGUGGGGAUUUUCAUCGUGUACAUCAUCGGUCGAUGUGCUGGAAAAUGAACAAUUUUUUGGAAAAACUGGGGAUAGAACAUUAUUUCAAAUAGAAUGUAUUACAGCCAGGGAUAUAAAAAAUCAUUCAUUCUAUCAGACUGAAGAGGAAUUACUUUUAUUACCAGCUAGACAACUUCAAGUUAAAGCUUGUCUCAAUUCUGGUCAUGGGCUUCAUAUUAUACAACUCAAAGAAUUAAAACCUCAAUUCGAUCUCAUUGAACCAGUUCCAUUACCGAAUCCAUAUAUUACAUCCAAAAGCCUUUCAUCAGUGACAGCAAAGGAUAAAACUAAAACUAAAUCUGAUGCUGGAGCUAUGGAGCAACAAUUGUCAACACUGAAUAUAAAUGAAAAUACAAAGUUACAGGGUGAGCGAUAA